CAGAGAAUCCGAGCUGGUACCGAGUCGUGAACCUCACCGUUCUGCUGCUGCAUGAGCAAAACCUAAUUGCAGUAUUUCCUAACAGCAAGUUUGGCCACCGCUACCUUUUGGUUCCCUGCAUUUGCAGUAUUAUUAUUGUUUUAAUUACCACAGUAUUCGUUGUGGGUCAUAUGAACGGCCGUGGAAAUGCUCCGUGAACCGCGUCGCUUUUAGUCAUGAUACCCAGCGAGCAUUAAAACGGUGCAGCAGGACAAACAUGUCUCCUCGCUGAGAAAACAACAGUUGGUGUUCAGUUAAGUUUGACUUUUCAGGUGUGGCAGUGGUGGGGAAUUCAUGGAGCCUUCAUCUUCAGACAGAGUAGCUCCUGAGGAGACAGAAGGCCUGGUGGAGGAUGGCGUAGCGCCUCAAGGUGCAGCAAUGAAUCCUCGGACUCAGAGGAAGAGCAGUUCAUCUCGCAAGAGCUUCCGUCUGGACUACAGACUGGAGGAGGAAGUAACCAAGUCCUGUCGGGACAAACAGGGUCGCUGGACUAACCCCUGGCCAACAUGGAUGUUUCCUUCAUAUUCAACGGUGCUCAGGUUCCUGCUUUUGGAAAAAAAUCAUAGCAACGUGCCAACAAGUAGAGAGGUCCUGGACAACGAGCUCCCAGUAAUAGAGCCGUACUUUGUCCAGAAUCCGGACCUCUCCAGUUCUCCCCCAGGGUUGAGAGUCACCUGGCUGGGCCACGCUACGGUUCUGGUUGAAAUGGAUGGCGUCAAUAUUCUGACGGACCCAAUUUUCAGCCAGAGAGCGUCACCGGUCCAAUUCAUGGGGCCCAAAAGGUACAGAGAGUCCCCCUGCACCGUGGAACAGCUGCCAAGGAUUGAUGCAGUUGUCAUCAGUCAUUCUCAUUAUGAUCACCUGGAUGCUGGAUCUGUGGCCAAUCUCAACGCACGCUUUGGAGGGGAGCUACGCUGGUUCGUGCCCCUUGGUUUGAUGGACUGGUUGGCGAAGAUGGGCUGUGAGAAUGUAAUGGAGCUGGACUGGUGGGAGGAGAACUGUGUCCCGGGUCAUGAUGAUGUUACAUUUGUCUGCACACCUGCUCAGCACUGGAGCAAACGCACAGCUUGGGACGAUAACAAGUCUUUAUGGAGCAGCUGGUCUGUUUUGGGUCCAGGCCAUCGAUUCUUCUUUGCUGGUGACACCGGAUACUGUUGCACCUUCCAGGAGAUAGGACGUCGCUUUGGACCAUUUGAUCUUGCAGCAAUCCCUAUUGGAGCAUACCAACCCAGAUAUAUGAUGAAGGGACAGCAUGUAGAUCCAGAGGAGGCAGUUCAGAUUCACCAGGAUCUUCAGGCCAAAGAGUCUGUGGCCAUACACUGGGGGACCUUUGCCCUCGCUUAUGAGUACUACCUGGAGCCACCGGUUCGUCUCAGAGAGGCUCUGGAGCAGAAAGGACUGAAACCAGAAUCUUUCUUCACUUUGCAUCAUGGGGAGUCUCGGCUUAUAGCUGCACAAGAGGGAGAAGUCUUCGACUGACGCCUGCAGAAUUCUGUGGGCCGACUUACUAUUUCUGUCUGUAAACAAAGUGCACAAGAUUGUAUUUAUCAUUAUGUAGUCGGACUGAUUAAAGCAAGCAUUGCAUACAGUAUGAAUACAGUAAAAAUAAAAUGUUUUGCAAGACUUAUAACACUGAAUGUUUCCCCUGCUAUCACAUGGUCUUGUAGUGAUGCUAGCUGAUGGAGUGGUCACGCCAGUGGAAAACUGGAGUUGUUUAGUAUGAUUGAAAACUGAUAAGCAUGCAGCUGAGAAGUUAUUUGAUUUAGAUUAGCAAUAUUCAAACAAUUACAUAUUGCUACCACUUUGAAAAGCGAAGGUAGACAAAUUAUGUUCUUAAAUUAUCUCAUCAAAAAAUGGGAAUAAUCUUAAAACAUGUUCCAUAGCUAUAUUUGAGGAAGUGGUGACUUACAUUUUGAUGUGCUGUCAGUUCAGUUGAGGUUUUGGGGUCUCUACACAACCUCGACAGUUUUUUCCCCACUGAGGAGACAGAAAAAAAAUUUUUUUUUUAAG